GUUACAAGAUACAGAAAUGAGUAAAAAAUUUAGAUUAGGAAAUUGAAAACAGAUCGAAAUGGGUGGCAAUACUCAAGAUCAGGACAAGGAGGUUGACCAGGGAGUCAGAGAAAUUAUCGACAGCUUGAAAUCAAAAGGCCUCUUUGACCAGUUCAGAAAGGAGUUUGUGGCUGAUGUAGAUACAAAGCCUGCUUACCAGAAUCUCAAACAGAGAGUGGAAGGUUAUGUCAACAGGUUUUUAUCACGACAGACAUGGAGCCCAGACUUAAACAAGAAUCAACUCCGAGACAAUCUUAGAAGACAAAUAAAUCAAUCUGGUAUGUUGACCAAUGGAGUAGAAAGAGUGGUAGAACAACUAGUGAAUCCAAAGAUUCUGCACAUUAUCAAACCCAAAAUUGAUGAGGUCAUUUGUAAACAUUUGGGAAUUGACCCAGAGAAGAGGAAAGAACAUGUAGAACAGAGCAAACAGCAACACAAGGAAAAGAUGCAGACGAUGCAGAGUUUAAUGUCUGUAAACACCACACCACCAGAUAAAAGUAAUCCAAAUGGAACAGCAUCAGGCACUCCUAAUGCAGAAUUCCCAUCAGGUUUCCAAGGAGAUGGAUGGUCCCAACAAACACCUGUUUUGGGCCAAACAGGGUCAAAUUUCUCCCCUGGAGGAAUGAAUUUUCCUAUGGCAACACCAUUUUCACAGCAGUUUGGAUUCAGCAUGCCACCUCAAAUGUUCCCUUACAUGCAGAAUUCAUGGAACAACUACAUGUUCAACCAAAUGACCCCUGGCCAAAAUUUUGCUCCACCCACCUCUAUGCAAAGUGAGACAUCAUCACCGGCGCAGAUCACAACUCCCAAUGUAACGACUACUGAGAGUCCUCCUAAACCAGAUUUACCUCCCUUACCACCAUCACCUAAAACUCCUCCCCCUCCAGGAACUGAAGGGGAGGAAGUGGAGGUAUUUUCUCUCAAGAGCAAGCCAGAUGAAACCAAGAUUCUGGAGGAAAUUCCCCUUCCACCAUCAACCAAAGAGACAGAAGAGGCUGAGGAAGAAAUUACUGUUGAAGAGAUGACUGAGAUUCCAAGUUUGGAUGAAAUCCCAUUACCACCAGUAUCAGCUGAUAUGGAUGAUUCCUCUCAAGAACAAGUAAUGAAAAAAUACAAAUUUGCCUGGCAUGAGGAUCAAGAAGACGCCAAGUCUGAUGUGACAAUCAGCUCUGUUCACACCAGUGACCUGUCCAUUUCCGAGGAUUUCAUGUCAGAGAGUGAGCUUGAGUACAGUGAUCUGACGGACCAUGGAGAGGAGGAGACAGAGGAGAAGGUCCUCAGUCCUGGUAAAACGGAGGAGAAGAAACCAGAGACGGGGGGCACUGAGGAGGUGGAGAAGAAAGAAGGAGAGGAGAGUGGAGCAAAGGAAGUGGAUGAAGAAAAGGAGCAAGUCAAAGUGGAAGAAACCAUUGAGGCAACACCAGAGGAAAAGAGGGAGGAUUCACCUACACAAGCUGAUGUUCCAAUGGAGAUCACCCAGGCAGAGGUGAAAACUCUUGAGGUACUAAAGACAAGUGAGGCUCCUGAGGGGGAACUGAGCUCUCCACCAAAGAGGAAGCUGAUCUCUCUCCAGUACAACUUGAGUGACAGUGAGGAAGAAGAAAGUAGAGAGGAGAGGAAGGCUAGAAUUGCAAAGGAAAAAGAAGAAAGAUACACAAAAAGACUGCAGAGAAGAGCAGAGCUAGAGGCCAAGAGGAAAGAGAGAGAAGAGGAGAAAGCAAGACUGCGAGAAGAAAGGAAGAAACAGAAGGAAAAAGAAAAGUCCUCACCAGUCAAGAAAGAGGGAGAGUCGGAGGAUACAGAAAAAAAGCAGGAUGAAACACCAAGCCAGGGUAAAGCACAAUCUCCAACAAAAAAAGUACCUGACUCUCCGGAGAAAAAGAAAAGGAAGACAAAGGCAGAGCUGAAAGAGGAACUCACUAAACAAAAAGUGAUGGAGAAGAAGGCCGCCCUAAGACGACAAAGAACCAGAAACAGGAGGUAUGCCUCUGAGGAUUUUACCUCCAUCUUUAAUGAAAAGAGUCAGCCCUACACCAGUGCUAGCUAUUCUGAGGUGGUUAUGGAGGAGCAGGUCGUUGAGGAAGUGGUGACAGUGGAGGAAGAAAUCAUCAUGGACGUCUCCAGCACAGUUGAAGAGGAUAUGCCACCACUGCCAGAGGAGGAGUUCCCCCCUCCCACACUUCCUCCACAGAAUUCAUCAGACACUACAGAGGUCACACCAGAGACAGGUCACUCAGAGUCAAAGAAAAGGUCACAGGUCAAGGACACUCAGAGAGACGGUAAAACAGACGAAAACAGACAAGAUAACAAGAGGAAACGACAAGAUAGUGAAACAAAGCCAACUAGGGACACUAGAGCAUCCAAUAAACACACAGAUUCCGUGUUCAGACGACCAAGAGUGGAAGAUGACAAAGGUCAGAGUACUAAGCGUUACAAUCCCUCCGAUUUAUACAAACCACGUCCUAACAUUGCUCGGAGCAGAAGACGAGGUUCCUCUCCGUCUCAACAAAAAGCAGACGACACUGUGAAUAAAACAUCCUCGGCUGGUGAUAGCAAAACCACGAAAGAGGACAAACCAGCUGUUAAUGAGGAACCACCAGAAGUUAUAGAAAUUGAAUCUAGGUCACCCUCACCAGUCAGUUCAGGGUCAAGAUCGAGGUCAAGUUCACGUUCGAGAACUCACUCAAGGUCACGAUCUCAUUCACAUUCUCGAUCUAGAUCUCAUCGAAAGAAAAGAAGAAAAGGAAGAUCAAGGUCAGGUUCAAGGUCAUAUUCUGAAUCCAGAUCAAGAUCUCCAUCCAAAUCCAGAUCCAGGUCAUAUUCUAGAACCAGGGAUGGAGCAAGUCCUAUCUCAUCCUCAUCCUUAUCUCUGUCAAGGUCACCUUCACCAUCCAGACACAGUAGUAGAUCAUCCUACUCCAGAUCCAGAAGUAAAACUAGGUCAAGGUCAGUAUCUAGGUCAUCCGAGUCUUCUGUUGACGAGUUUGGAAGACGCAAGAGAAAAGCAGGAAGGAGGCCACUUGAAGAGAUUGAUUUUGGGGAGGCAGCUCGCAUGGCCAAGAAAAGUUUGGUUGGGGUGGACUUUGGGGAGGCAGAGAGGAGAAGUAAACAAGAGAGAGGGGACUCAUCCAAUACGACAAAAGCUACUGAAUUUGCACCCUUCAAGACUGUUCCCCCAUUUGGUGCCCCUCCACCACCUGGUGCCAUGCCCCUAGUGGACCCUGCCAUGAAAAAACGAAUGGGAAAAAAGCGGGGAUACCCGCCCACCAGAGGUGUCCCAAGGAGCAAUGCACUUCGUGGAAACUGGUACCAUCAAGCUUGGCAGUACGAAGACACCUCCAUGGAGGAGGAGAUGGUCAUGCCCCCUUCUCCCUCCCGGCGAUACUAUGCCCCUGACAGGUCACCACUACAUUAUGAUGACCUUGAUUCUCUUUCUCCAGAUUCCAUGGGGAGACAUUCUCCUAGCAUGAUGAGGCAUCCCAGACGUGCAGCCUCCCCUUCACCUCCUCCUUAUGGAAUACCUCGAGGAAUGAGGGGAAUGUCAAGGUCACCUUCUCCUCCCUAUCAUCCCCGUAGACACUCACAAUCAAUGUCACCCCCUCCUUAUGCAGGAAGACCUGGAAGUUAUUCCCAAUCUCCCUCUCCACCUCCAUACAUUGGGAGACCUAUGAGGCACUCAAGAUCCCCCUCCCCUCCUUAUGGUGGACGUCCGAUGAGGCAUUCACAGUCUCCAUCCACUUCUCCUCCCUAUUUAGGCAGAAGACAGAGGUCACCUUCUCUACCAUAUGCAAGAAGACCUCCAUCACCCUAUGAUGGAUCCCUCCCAUCUCCUCCAGUUCGAGGAACGAGAGGUCACAGACCCCCUUCUCCUCCUUCACCAUCAUAUAGGGCAUUGUCUCCAGAGGGGAGGGUACGUACUCGAAGUCAGAGGUCACAAUCACCCACUUAUUCAUCCUCACACAGAGGGAGACCCUCACCUUCACCACCUUUAGAUGAGGAAGCCCCAUCACCCCCUGAAUACUCUCCCCCACCACUAUCCCCCACAGGGUCAGCCUAUAGGUCUCCAUCACCACCCCCAUUAUCUCGACUCCCUAGAUCUCCCUCACCCCCACACCGUCCUGUGACCAGAGCAUACCACUCUCCUUCAAAUUCCCCUUCCCCUCCACCCAUGCGACCUGUCACACCUCCCUCUCGUCCAUUGACUCGUGGCCAGAGGGCAGUAUCCCCUCCCUUAUUGUUCAGUCCUAAGACCAGGAAGCAGAGGCCUCCGUCUCCCCCUCCUGCAGCUAUGUCCUCCCGGUCAUUACGAGCCAAGCACAAUGCUCCUCAGAGGUAUUCCCCUCCCCCAUUGCAGAGGAUGAGACCCAGACCACAAUCUCCACCACCAGCCAAAAGAGGGAAACGAUGAUUGACUUACAGAUUUACUGAAUUAACCUGUAUAGAUGAUCAACAUGUGUUCUUUAAAUUUAACUUUACAAUAAGUUAUCAAAAGAAACAUCAAAAUUGUACAGACUGAUUAAAUUAAAAUGUACAGUAAAAUAUGUUUUCUAGGGAAAAGAAGAUUGACCUGAGUUCAAAUAUUUCAAUUAGUAAGCUUAACAAUUGAAUACACAUGAAAUGUAUGAAGAAUGUUGUUAAUUGAAUAUAAUGUAUUUAUAUUCUGUAAAAUGCAGUAAAUUAAUGAGGAAAAUUGCA